UUUUUGACUGUCAUCGACCUCGGCGGUGUGCCGAGCGAGCUGACGGGCUCGUCCAGCCACCCACCAGAGGCAACCCCCUCGUCCUCUACGUGUCUCGGCUGUGGUCUCAAGCGUCAGGAGGUGGACGUCAACUCAACUCGGGCGACAACCUUCACCCACCAACUCGCCUGGCCAUGUCACCGCCAGACCUAUAGGCAGCAGACAAGAGCGGGGGUGGCGGCGCCUGGAGACCGAGGAGAUGGAGGAGGAGGAAGAGGAGGGGACGAGAGGCAUGCGCUGCUCUCUUGUGCCACCGUAACGCGGUUGGCGAAGAGCCUGCGGAUGCCGCUGCCGGCCGUCGUGUUCGCCCAAUCGCCCGAGGGCCCUGGCACCGCCCCCUGUGCCACCGGAACCUCCGGCGAGACGGGGCCGGCGGAGGAGGAGGAGACGGGAUGGGACCGAGUGCGAGACGUCUUCCAUGUGCAGUACCCGUACCCGGAGGAGCUGGGAUUGCUGAUAGUGGGCACCACCGUGGGCUUGUUCGGCGGCUUUUUGGGGAGCGGAGUCCCGGCGGCCCAACUCGCGCGCGAGCGCUUCAUGGAGCGCAGAUACGGCGAGGUCUACUCACACCGCAUCGAGGCCGUGCGCGCCAUUCACAACGUGGCAAUCAAAGCGUUCAUCCGUGCAGGUGUCCCCAUGGCGCUGAGGGUCGGCUUCUUCAUGACCAUCUUCAAUGGCAUUGGAAUCGGCCUUGGCGCUUACCGAGGAAAAGGCACCGUGGGGAAUUACAUCACGGGCGGAGCACUCGCCGGAGGCAUCAUGCGGCUGUCCCUUGGACCCCGAGGCUUUGUGGGAGGAGCCUUCAUCGGAUCCUUGCUGGGGCUGCCAGUCGGCGUGCUGAUGCGCGCGACCCAGUUGCUGAGCAACGAGACGCCGCUAGAGAAGCGUCUCCGCCUGCGCAGAGAGAAGCGGGAGAGGGUGGAGCGUGACAGGGAUGAGCGACAGUGGGCGACGGAGAAGCUGCUCACCCACAUGGAGAGCAGUGGCACGGGCGAGGAUGACUUGCACCAGAUCAACGAGAUCCUCGCUCGCCCGCCAAACCCCGGCGCGCUGGUGGUACGAGCGGAGACGGCGCACGAGGAGGGACGGGCACGGGAAACCCUGGAGGGAGAAAUGCAUUCGUGCACAAGCACGUAGACAAAGAUUCCACCUAUAGCCUUUCACAGGCCGUCGUGGCAAGUGCUGCUAACGAGCACUUAUUAAGGCCGGCACAGCGAACAAGGUGGUGGUCUGGCCAGAACCACACAGGCCUGGCCACCAUCGCCUCUCGCAGUGCUGGGGUGUUCUAUACACCGCAGCAGCAAGUGGGGGAAGGGGGGUUAGAGGGGUAGGCCCAGGACCGGUUCAGAUAUUCAUCACCGACGGUGCCUGCGAGCGGGAAAUCGAACUCGGGAAUCGCCGCUUUCGUCGCGCACGGCGCGGCCAAACCGCUGUGGGCGGGAGCGAACUUUGACCUUGAUGUAGACACUGGCACCGCAAGCUGGCGGAAGCGGUGCUGAGUGACACUGGCAAUGAACCGCCGCUCCUCCGUGGGAACUUGCUCGUAGCGAAUUGCACGCUGAUCCCCAUGGGGGUGUGGGGUGGGGU